GAAUCCCGGCGAAUGAGAGAACGCAUGGUCCAAACACUCAUAGUACCCAGAGAUCUGUAUUAUUUAAGGUCAAUGCUGAAGCUGAUGCCCCCACGCCUACCCCAUUGUUCUUUUGGUUUACCCUUUCUGUACUGCUACUGGUACUGAAACAGCAUAUUCAUGAGUAAUUGAGCUAUGCCCCGCGAUUGGGUACACUACUACUACUACUACUACUACUACUAGUAAGAACUCUCUCGCAAAAAAACUGUUCUCGGAUAAACAUCAAGCUGGCAACAAACUAACGCAUAUCUCUAUUGUUCCUAAUUUUUGUCCACUUUUUUUGUGAUCAUCAAAAUAUUCACAAUCAAUGAAUCAAAUGGAACAAUACACUCUUUAAGAAUAUGGUCGUAUCCAAUUGAUUUCUUAACCGCGACUGCUGUUCACGACCGCUCAGCCAGUUGUCGCACGCAUCUAUGGCCGCGCUUGACUGGCGAGAAAGUUGUUAUGCUGAUAUUCAAAUCUACUACAAAGUGGAGUCGUGCAGUGGGCCAUUAGGAUAUCGGUUCAGAGCACCUUGUCUCAACGCGGAAUUCUCGAUUUCCGUGCACACAAACGAGCCUGUAAUGUAAGUCUUUUUACGAAUGAUUUCGUGGGCCAGUACGACUCCGACGAGUGCAUGAUGCCACUACUUGUGAGAGCGAAUAUUGCGCACCGAAUUUUGGCCUAGAAUUAGCUUGUGCAGCAUUUUCAAGCUGAGCCUGUGCGCUGGAGGGCCAAACUCUGAUAAAGAAAUAGCCCGUCUACUUCCUCUUCCCGAGCAGCAGUAAGGCCUCCAUCCGAAUUCGACGAAGAUGGUGUUCAACGUCAUGCUGUUAGACUGCGGUCCUCCCGCAAGGAAGCAGCUCUACUAUGCCAACACUGGCCUCUGCUUAGGUAUACUGCUCUCUCUGAUGGGCAGAAUCGUAGGGAGCGUACUCAUAUACUGGCUUGGCUUCUUGAUGACGUUGACUUGCUUUAUUCAAGUCAUACUGGUGAUAUGCCUCUUCAUGAAGUACGGAUGGCGAGAGGAGGACGACUCGCCGACGAUGAUCAUUUUAAGGCUGUACUUCAGAUUCAGUUUAUUACAGUCAGAAGAGAAGAGAAUUGGAAUUUUCUAAAUGUUAGAAAACUCUACGAGACCCGUAAGUAGUGAUUCUUGUGCCAAAGAUGUUGAUGGUCUAAUAUCUGCAGGACCGGUCGGCGGUGACGGCCCCUUCGCUCAUAGACCUGGAGAGUACCAAUUAAAAACAUUUUUCCACUAAAUUGUUUUUUCCACUUGCCCAUUAGUUACAUGAUGAAUUAUAGGCCUCGCGCGAGCAUCUGAACCCCAUUAAUUCGAUGUGCGCAACCCUUAACCUUUUCUAUCAGUUCCUUAUCACCCACUCAUAGGCCUCCACGCGUCGUCUACGUGCAGGACACAGGAAAUGGACCGGUAGUUGUGGCCGCGGUUCCUGGCGGUCACAUUCCGCAGAUGUACCCGAAUAAUGGACAGAUGAUGGGCAUGGCUCCUACUAAUGCUAAUGGGCGAUUUCAAGCCAACGGAGGAAUGAUGACAGUCGGACAACCAGUGGGUGCCGAUAUGGGAAGGUUGCCUGCAGUUAAGGUGAAGAGCUGUUCAUCUCCGUUUCCAGAAAUAAACAUAAUUAAAAUACCUCACAUACCCCACGAUUGGGUACACCACUACUACUACUAGGUUCAACACAAUGAGAAAGUACGUAGUACGAGUUCUCAUUCCUUUUUGAGUAAGUCAGACAUUCGAACAAGAACCCGAGAAAUUUUGUAACUGUAGUAACCUUACAGACUUCAAAAUCUUUUUAAGAGUUGCAGGUGUGACAAGUAUUUCCAUACUCUAAUCUUCUUUACAACGCUGGCAUGACACCAGUUGCGACUGGACAACCAAGCGGUGCACCAGCGAUGCAGCCACUGAGUCAACAAGGUAGGCCAGUCCAGAACCAGCAACAUUAUGCAGAAGUGAGCUGACGAAAAAUGAUUAUCAAAAAUGCACGCCGUUUUACGAUGAACUAGAGCUGUGAAAAUGCCUUCCCACGACCUCCAAGAGGCGCCACCUCUUGGUAACAGAACUUGAGACAUUUGAACAAGAUGUAAAAGCCGAAGAAUCUUCUGAAUGAAACCUUUUUCUGGCCUCACCAAAUUUGGCGCCAAGCUGCAAUGAAUUCUAAUCUUCUGAACAAAUAGAAGAUGUUCUUCUCACUUCAGUUCUU